CUAACAUAUACAGCGGUGCCUCACCUUAGCCUUUGCUGUCAAUGUAGUGAAGCACUUUGGGCUUGUUUUUGGAAAGGUGGCAGGCCUUUUAUUCUUUAGAGCAAGCAACGUGAGGUAGUUCCUCCCAGUCGUUUCCACAGCAACCGAGGGAGGCUACUGGCAAGAUGGCGGCUGAAGCGCUCAGGGGCUCGUCUUAGCGGCGGUUUUGCCUUGCUAUGUUCGUCCGGCGGCUCCUUUGGGGGCUGAUGGUUCUUUUCAGGGCCCGAGCGCAGGAUGGGAAUACCGGUGGGUGGCGCCGGGGUUUUCGUCCCUCCUUUAUCUACAUGUCUGGGACCGUAGUCACUGCUUCUUUGGCCAGCAGUCCAGCAGAUAUUUUCUCUAUUGCUGUGGCAGACAGUGAAACAGGGAUGUUGCCCCUAGCAGACUGUAGUGGAAGAAACAAAACUGGUGACUGGAGUUUGAAUGUCACAUAUCAAGGGAAUGUUUCCAGAGUGACAGUACGCUUGACCAGGAAUCUGCAGCUGUGUACGUCCAAUCUCACUGAUUGCUGCACAGAAGCCCCCUGCUUGGUUGAAGCUUUGCAGGUCUCAGCUUGUCGAGACUCAGUGGUGGUGGCCCGUCUGUUGAUCCAAGCUGAAAUAUAUGCUAAUACAUCCUUGGGAAAUGCAACAGCAAAAGAUAAUGCAACAGUGAUCCCCAAUCAAGUGUUUCAGCCACUGGGCUCUUGUCCCUGCAAUCUCACUGCAGGAGCCUGCGAUAUCCGUUGCUGCUGUGAUUUGGAAUGUACCUCAGAGAUGAAGCAACUGUUCAGUGGGUCCUGUUUUGAAGGAGUAUUUGGCGGAGAUGUCAAUCUGCCUUUUGACCACCUGUGCUCUGUCCAGACUGGGAAAAAUGUCCCUGACUGGUUUCCUUUCUUAUGUGUGCAGUCCUCCCUUAACAAUACACCUUUCCUUGGUUAUUUCUAUCAUGGCCAUUCUACGCUGUACAUUCUGUCUCCUGUUGCUACAAACAGGAUGAUAAAACAUCUUGGGGAGAGGGAAGAGAAGAGCAGCACAGCUAUCGUCAGGCAAUUACUUGCUCCUCCCUGUUAUGUGCUACAGCAGAUUGCACUGCUGCUACAAACUUCUUCACCCCAAGUUUCUUCAUUUAAGAUUCCAUUUCAAACCAUCCCAGGAAAACAUUCUAGUGGUUACAAACAAGGAGAGCCGAUAAUGACCAUGGAAAAUGAGUAUUUUACAGUUCCUCAGCAAUUCAUAGCUGGGCAGUGUGCGAGAAAUGCCCCUGUUGCAUUCCUUUGGAAUUUUGAAGUGGAAUGUCUCACUACUUGCAAGGAAGGGGGGAGUAUGCUGCCAGACACAGCAAUAAACAGUGGUACUGGAGACAGUAUCUUGCCACAGGUGACCCAGGAAGAGAAAGACAUGGAUGUCGGGAACUGCACUGGUAGAGAAUGCAGAAAUGUGACCUUUGCAGAAGAUUAUACAUUCAUAUGGGAAGGCAAGAGAAUAAUAGAAAUAAAAGUUACUCUCCUUUUUGGAGCAAUAUGUCCAGAAGAGAUACUGACACAGAAAUUCACAGUCAACUUUGUGAGUGUAAACGCUACAAGCAAAGAAGAAUUGUCUGGCAAUCCAGGUUAUCAAGUUGGAAAACCGAUUAGGGCAGCAAAUCUGAAUUCUUCUGAUGCUGUUACCACUUUAUACCUUUGGAAGCCUGAUGGCAAAGGCUUGUGUAGAUCAGCAAAUCUCACACCGCUUUUAUUUGGACAAAAUUCAAUCUCUGGAUGCACUUUAGAAGUUGACCUUAAUGAUAGCUGCAGUCAGCUGAGGGAGAACGUUACUGAAAGACUUAAUUCCUUAGUGCAAGCCAGUCAUGUCGGGAAGAGGGGCAACUCCUCUUCCAGUGUCGCAGAUGACUGGGUGGAAAUCAUCCGUUUAGAUACAUCUGAUCCAAAUACAAACACAAGUUUGGGGGAUUUAAAAGGAAUUUGUCCUGAUAUUCCUGCCCACUUGAAUAUUCAGAUUAUCACUGCUGAUGUUGGAGCAGUGGAAGGGAUUCCACAGCAGGAGAUACUUGGAGUACAGAUUAGUUUUUCAGCAGUAACAUGGCAAGUUCAGUGUCCAGUUGUCUGUGAUGAUAAAGCCAGCUCUCUUCCUGUCUCUGCUGCAGUCCAGUUUAUUAAAAUACCAGCUCAACCCCCUGUUCCACUGACAAGAUUUCAGAUUAACUACACAGAAUAUGACUGCAAGAGAAAUGAUGUUUGCUGGCCAGAACUUCUCUAUCCCCUGACACGCUACUAUACUGGAGAACCAUACUCUCAUGCUCUCGCCAAAGGCUUGGUGCUGGCAUUUUUCAUACUAGUUGCAGCAGUCCUGAGUGAUCCUUGGAAAAGAAUCUACAGAGUAUGGAAUAAGACAUGAGUCUUCAGUUAACGCAGGGCAAAAGACAGCAAUUUUGUUAAUGCUUUUCUAUACUUUUAAUAAGUGGUACUUUUUAAAAAAAAAAAACCUGUUUAUGUAAAGAGACAUUUUUAAUGUAUGUUUUUCUAAGGACAAGAAAUAAAAUAAAAAUUAAUGCAUACAAAAA